UCAAUGCACACACUAGAACACUGUAUCUAGUGUCUCUUCCUCUCACAACCCUUUCCCUUUAUUGCUUCUAUCCAGUGCGCGCGGGUGCAUCGAGAGCCACGUAGACCGUGAUAGUCCUCGACACUUCGCCGGUGAAAAUGAUCGUCUGCGUCGCCGUCGUCGGUCACCAGAACAAUCCGUUGUAUAUACAGAGCUUCACGGAGGCCGAUGAUGCUCUGAAGCUUCACCAUAUCGUCCAUUGCUCGCUCGAUGUGGUUGAUGAGCGAGUGAACAAUCCUAAAAAAUCUGGACCGAUGCUGAAUGAGACGUUUCUGGGGAUGCUUUAUCCUAUUGAAAAUUACAAAGUCUAUGGAUAUUUGACUAAUACAAAGGUCAAAUUUAUUUUGGUGACCACGGAUCUGGAUGUUAAAGAUGCAGAUGUAAGGAAUUUUUUCAGGAGAUUCCAUUCUGCAUAUGUAGAUGCAGUUUCAAAUCCAUUCCACGUGCCUGGUAAAAAGAUAACAUCCAGAACUUUUGCAGAAAGAGUGAGCACAAUUGUCAAGUCAUUUGGUUUUAGUUCGGCUGCGUAAACAUCAAAUAUUGGUGCUAGUAUUAUCCUUUUGUUGAUAUCUGGCACAAAACUUUUUUUUUUUAAUUUCUCCUUUUCCUUGUAAAUUUAGUAUUCCUUUGCAAUUGAACUUUGCAGUGGUAAAACAUUCUUAGGAACAUUUUCAACAGAAUUUUAUGUUCAUUGUUCCAUAUAUCAUAUUAAAAAUGAAUCUUCACAAUUGUUAUUU